AUGGUAGGCGGGGCCUAACGCAUCCAAUGACGGGAAGGUCUUAAGAGGCCGGGGGUGGUGCUCUGUGAAAGUAACUGUCCAAUGAAAGUCAUUAACGCCAGAUCCCGGGUAACGCAGGAGCCCAGAGUGCAAUGGAGAAUUUCACGGCGCUGUUUGGGGCUCAAGCUGACCCCCCGCCGCCCCCAAGCUCCCUAGGCUUCGGGCCGGGAAAGCCGCCGCCGCCACCUCCACCCCCUCCGGGAGGGGGUCCGGGCACGGCCCCGCCCCCGACGGCGACCUCGGCCCCCGCGGGCGCAGACAAGUCGGCUGCUGGAAGCGGGCCCUUCUACCUUAUGCGGGAAUUGCCGGGCAGUACAGAGCUGACCGGCAGCACCAAUUUAAUCACACACUACAACCUGGAGCAGGCCUAUAAUAAGUUCUGUGGGAAGAAAGUGAAGGAGAAGCUAAGUAACUUCCUGCCUGACCUGCCAGGGAUGAUUGAUCUCCCUGGCUCCCAUGACAACAGCAGCCUCCGCUCCCUCAUUGAGAAGCCUCCUAUUCUUAGUAGCUCUUUUAAUCCGAUCACAGGGACCAUGCUGUCUGGUUUCCGCCUCCAUACUGGCCCGUUGCCAGAGCAGUGUCGUCUGAUGCAUAUUCAGCCUCCCAAGAAGAAGAAUAAGCAUAAGCACAAACAGAGCCGGACCCAGGACCCUGUGCCCCCAGAAACUCCAUCUGAUUCAGAUCACAAAAAGAAGAAAAAGAAAAAAGAAGAGGAUCCUGAACGGAAAAGGAAGAAGAAAGAGAAAAAGAAGAAGAAGAACCGACAUAGUCCAGACCACCCAGGUAUGGGCAGCUCCCAGGCCAGCAGCAGCAGCAGCCUCCGCUAACAGGAUCACUGAACUCUGCCAAGGAUGGCUUUCCUGUUAUAUUGAACCUGCUGACAAAAACUGUCUUCCAGGCACGUGGGCACUGCCUUGGGGCAUCCAACAGCUAGACAGGCCAGCCCCUGCUGUGCUUGUGACUAAUAUACUUUAGAGAAAUGCCAUGCUUUUCUAUGGUUUAGUCCAGUUGGCUUUUUCAUGGACAUCCCUUUUCACAAGAAGCUGUUUUUGGGUUUUUUUGUUUGUUUUCCCUUAUACUCUUGUGCAAUUUUACUUCAGGACGCCAUUUGUUAAGUUUUUCUUUUUAAAAAAAUGUGUUUAACAGACUGGCUAGUAUGGCUACCUUUUAAGAGACAAGUAUAUGAGUUUUAAGACAAGGCACUGCUAAGACAUAAGAGAUUUUGGUUCUUGCCAUCACAUUAUUUCCUUAGGCUGGGAAAUCAAAAUGAGAGCAGAGAAUAUGGUUGAAAAGCUAGUUUGCUAGUAUUUUCCCACAGCAGACACAAAAUACUUUGCCCAUAAUGUUCAGUGCCUGGAUGAUCUUCAGCCCCUGUCAGGAAAGCUGGUCCAGAUAAGGUUUAUGCCUGUGUUGAUACACAACAUGGGACUAUUAUAAAACACCCACAAUCACCAGUAUAUUUAAAGACAACUGGUGUUUUGGUGUUUGUUUUCUUAUGCCCUCACCCUUUUUUUCCUGGGACUGACCCAAGCUUUGUAUAUGCUGGGCAAGCUUAUCUCCCCCCACCCCCUUAUUCUUAUUCUUUAGUUUAAAUAUGGAUUUGGUUAUUUAGGAAAAAGAA